CGGGCCGCCGCCGCGGGCCCUCCCCGGGGCAAAGCGCCGAUGCCGGUCCCGGCUGAACCCCGGUGCUCCCACCCCGCGGGGCCGAGCGGGGGUGCGGCGGGGGCGGGCAGUCCCGGGGGAGCGCAGGCCGCUGCCCGGUGGCUCCUUGCGGCCCCACGCGCGCUCAGCGCCGGGGUUGCCGGUGCGGCCCCUGUCCCGGGAGACGUCGGCCCCGGGGACGCGUCCCGCGCUGCUGCAGCGCCUCAGGGCCGCGGCGAGGAGCCACGGGCUCUGCCCACUGCGGCGGCAGCGGUGCCGGGACGCGGCGCCGUCAUGCGCGUGAUCCAGAGGCUCCAAAAACAAACACGUCCUGUGUGGAACACCCCGGUACGCGGUAGCGUAGAAGGUCGCUGGCGUCAGCAGCGUUCAGUGGACACUAACAGAUAUGAGGUCCAGAAGAAAAACUGCUCGUGGCUUAUGGUAUCACACGAAAUGUGUAGCAAAGAUGAUGUGAUGACUGCACUAGAGAAAGCCACUGGUGACACUGUGCUCAAGUUCGAACCAUUUGUUCUUCAUGUGCUGUGUCAAGAGCUGCAAGAUGCACAACUUCUGCAUUCCGUAGCUAUUAAUUCUGGGUUCAGGAACUCUGGUAUUACAGUUGGCAGAAGAGGAAAAAUUAUGAUGGCUGUGCGGAGCACUCAUUGCUUAGAAGUUCCAUUGAGCCGCAUGGGGAAAUUGAUGGUCUCUGAAGAAUAUAUCGAAUUUCUGAUACACACAGCUAAUCGAAAAAUGGAAGAGAACAUGAGGAGGAUUGACAGGUUCUACAAUUGCUUACAGUUAGCUUUGAAAACUGCCCUCAGUGCAAACAACUCACCUUCUGAGGAGAGAGAAAAGAAUCACUGUGUGUACGUUCACAGAAGAAAGAGAAAGACCAUUCAAAAACAUGGUGUGUGCACCUCUCCAAAGGAUCACGAUGAAGAAUUAGAACAUGAGGAUGACCCAAAAAGCAAUGUUGAUAUUUUUGGUGAAAUUAUGAUAUAGACUAAGGCAUUUGAAAGCACAUGGUAAAGUGAACAAUCGUACUGCUCUUCGUAAGAGAUAUAGAUACUGCUCUGUUCUAAGUAGUUCUGAGUAGUAUCACUCAUGGACAUUUACUUGAAGAAAGGAAUUAAACAACAUUGUGACUGAGUUUAAUGCCACAGAAGCACCGACAACAAAACUUUAGAACAUAUUUUUUUAAGAAAGAAUUUAUUUAUUUUAGUUUGUCACUUAUUACAGAAAUAACUGGCUUCCUACAGCCCUUGGCCACAUUCUGUAUGGACAUUCUCUGUGGAAGCAAUCCCCUUUCAAAUGCUGGUUUUAGCCCUUCUAAUUUUUGCAAAGGAGGGAAGCUCUGGGAACUGAGUUACCUUGAAGAUUUUUCUCUCUGUAGGAACUCUGCAAAACAACGUGCAGCAAUGCAAAUGACCCUUUCCCAACAACGCAGAGCCGUGCAUUAGUCAGCCAGAGUACAGUAUCUGGUAUGGAGAUUAGAACAGAAAAGUAAGCCUCAUGCACUGCUCUGUGCAGACUGUAACCAACAGGUUCCUUUCCUGCCUAUUGCACUGGGCAGCAAAGUUGACACUUGUUUUCCUGCACUUUGCUCUGUUUCAGGUUUUGGCCCCACUGUUGAUGUGUUCUGCUUCCCUUGGCUAGCAGCCAUUACGUGUCAUUUUUCUUUGCGUCUUCUAGCCAACACCGUAUGCUGAUAGUUCGUUAGCUCACUUUGAUGUAUUUCUAUAUGGCCAGCACCCAACUCCAACUCCAACUGUCAAGCAAAAAUUCAACUGUAAGUGCAGAGCAACAGGUUUUCCUAGCAGGCUAUAAAUCACUGACAUACAACAAAUGUUAAAUAUAAAAUAGUGCAAUAAUUUGUAUAUUCCUACAUUGUACCACUGAAAAAGUUGCUCAAAACUGGUAGUUUAUUGGGGGGGAGGGGUGAAUUUGUAAACCUUUGCAACAAUGAACUCUCAGCCCCUACUUCUGUGAUUCAGUGGUUGCUAACACUACAUCACAACACUGACUGAAGGAAAUGGUUUAUUUGGUAUAGUAACUCCUAGUUUGCACAGUUAGGGAGCUGUCAUUGUUUCCAUUACAUGUACCUGCAUCUUGGGGGUAUUUUAAUUCCACUGUAAAAAUUUGGCAUACUAGGUGGCAGCCAAAGGGAAAAGUAAUUGGGGGCUUUAAAUAGAUUGUGGAAGACAUGUUAGGCAUGUUUCCAGUAGCAGGCACGCCAAGAAAAAUAAACUUGUGCCUUUGUGUGUUGCUUA